AUGGUGGUUCAUAGUAUUGCUAGAAGAGCAUUGGUGAAUCACAGGGUGUUUAUUAGAAGUUUUUCCCAUACAAAGCAAGUCAAUUUAAAUCCAUUAUUACCAAUUGAUAGCAUCUUAGAAGAGUUAGAUAAUGAUGAAUUAAAGAAAAAAAUUAAGGCUCAAAAAGAUCAAAAUUCAAAAGGCAAACCAAAAGUAUUGAUACCCGCUGGUUCUGAAGAUAUUAAAUUGAAAAAAAAUAAUGAUGUUGAUCAUUAUAUAGUUGGUCAAGAAGAUAGCAAACAAUUAGAUGCUGAACAAAAUGGUAAAAAUAGUUCUAAUGGUAAUGGUAAUAACAAUGGUAAUAAUAAUAAAAAAGAUGAUUAUGAAAGUUAUGAAGAACCAAAAGAAGAAUCUGCCUUUGCAAAAUUUAAAAAUUUCUUGAAAAAAUGUGGUGAAACUUCAGGUAUAACAUUUGCAUCAUUAUUAGUCUUAGGUUUAGCUGGUGUUUCAUAUCAUAAAUUUUAUAAUGCACAUGUCUUGUAUAAGAUGUCAAAUGCAUUUGAAAAAGGUGAUGCAGCAUUUGAAUUAACAAUGCAUAAACGAACCACAAAGAUCGAAGGUGAUUGGGUUGAAAGACCUCAACAAAAAUUGAUUGAUGAUAUCAUAUCAGGUAAUUUAGUUGGUAGAUAUUUCCUUAUAACUGGUGAAAAAGGUUGUGGUAAAAGUUCCAUGAUUUUAAAUUCCAUAAAGAAAAUGGAUAGUUUUAACGUUACAUUUAUUGAUGCACAUUCUGAUCCUGAAAUUUUUAGAAUUAGAUUAGGUAAAGCUUUAAAAUUUGAAUAUCAUGAAGAUUAUAUAGGUUCAUUAUUUUCUAUAAGAGGUCCAAGAGAUACAACUGCCCUAUUGGAUAUUGAACGUGCUUUUAAUAAAUUAGAAGAAGUUGCAGUGAGAAGAAUUAAACAAUAUGGGAAACCAAUGGUUAUUGUUAUAAAUAAUACUCAUUUAAUAAAAGAUGAUGAAGAAGGUGUUAAAUUAGUUGAAUUAUUACAACAAAAAGCUGAAUCAUUAAGUGGUUCAGGUUUAGUUACUAUGAUUUUCAAUUCUGAUGAUUAUUGGCUUUAUGAAAGAUUGAAAAAAUUAGGUACAAGAUUAGAAGUUAUAAAUGUUCGUGAUUUUAAUAGAACUCAAGCUGUCCAGGCAUUAGCCGUUUCCAGAAAGAGAUAUUUUAAUGAAAAUAUUGAUUUUGAUAUUGCAAAUCAAGUUUAUGAAUUGAUUGGAGGUAGACCACAACAUUUAUCUGAAGUGGCAAAACAAUUAGAUAUGAUUAAAGCAUCACAUAAAGUUAUUGAUCGUGAAAAAACUUGGUUUUUAAAUCAAUGUGGAUUAUUAGGAGAAUCUAUGGAUGAUGAUGUUAAUGAAAGUGGUAAAUUUUCCACAUCAGCAAUGUUAUUAAUGAGAACUUUGGUAGAGAUGUAUAAAGAACAAAUUGAAAAAGAAGGUUUAUUAGAUGAUCAUAAAUUACCAGAAUUACCACUUUGGAGAGCAAGACAAAUCAUGACAAGAAAUGAUUUUAUUCAAAUGUAUGAUAAUUUAAAUAUUUUCACUAUAGAUUCAUCAGAUUCAUUUGUUAGAGCAGAUUCUGUACCAAUGAUGAGAGGGUUCUUGGAAAUUGCAUCACAACCAGGAUUUGAUAAAUUAUUAGAAGAAACUUUAGAUAGAGUUGGUGAUAUAGAAUCAUUAGGUAGAACAAGAGAAAUCGUGGCAAAAGAUUUAUUCCUUGGUUCACAAUAUAAAAUCUCAAGAGAUAAAGAUUCUGAAUUAACAAUAUCAAUGAAACAAUCAAAUAAUGGAAAUGAUGAUGAUGAUAAUGAUGAUCCAAUUGAAAUUCAACCAGUUACUCAUAAAGGUGGUAAAACUUUUUGGAAAAAUAGAUUGGCAUUAUAUAAGACUGUUCAUGAAGAAGGAACGAAGAAGAACUGA